GGGAUAUUGCGUGUUCAAAGAGACCGAGAACAAGAUAAUCAAAAUUAGAGGCUUCGAGACAGGAGGCUGUCGCGGAGAUUAACCUCGGGCAUAUGGCGGUGACCCCUCAUGGCGACAGGACUUGAUGUUUUGUGACAAUCGGAUGCCGAUGGAAGUCAAGGAUGAUCAGUUUGAACAAGAGAGCGGAACUCAAGAUGGUCUGAGAAUCUUCAGAGCGGAACGGGUGGAAAGGAAGCCGCAGCGGAAAGUGUUUCCAGAUUGGAACUUGCCCGAACAAGGAGAAGGGACGCGAUGUGGGGGAAGAGGGCUGGGAUUUGGCUGGGCUUCGUUCAACAAAUCAGAAGGCGCGCAUUUUCAAAGGGGACCAGUGGCAGCGAAGCAGCCGGGGAAAUCAGUUGAUAGCCCGCGCCGAUUAUCUGCUGAGUCUGAGAGAAACUGUCAACUUCUUCGUCCCUGCUCUGCUCCUCUAUACCACGACCCUUGUCACCUUUCCCGACUCGCUCACAUUCGCUCUCACUCUGAUACACUUCGGUCUCUCGUCCUUGUCGACCCCAUAAACACACACCACAUAUAACCGCCGCCAUGUCUCAAGAAUUCACCUACUCGGACAUUUCCGAGCACAACACCAAGAAGGUGAGCAGAUCCACGAGGAAGUUGGCAGUCGCAUGAAAGAGAAGGAGCAAAUGUAUG